UAGUUUUUUUUUCUAUCAGUGUCAAAAUUUUUUUGUCGGCUUCAUUCAAUUUGUAAUUAAUUGACAGCAUUUCAAGAAUUGGCAUUCAGUUUAAUUCCCUUAUAUUUUGAAAUUUUUAAAAUAGGGGGACUUCAAUAUGAUGUCCAGAUCGAUUCGUGCAGAAACUCGUAGUCGAGCAAAAGAUGAUAUUAAGCGUGUUAUGCAAGCCAUCGAUAAAGUUCGUAAAUGGGAGAAAAAAUGGGUGACAAUUGGUGAUACAACUAUGAAGAUUUAUAAAUGGGUUCCUGUGCCAACCACCCGAGAAGCACAAAGUCGUACUAAAGGAAAAGGCACAUCAUGUAGAGGAAAUAAGGAGAACAUUGAGAAAUGUCUUCCAAAUGACGGAAAGUCACCAAGUGGUAAAAGUUCACCUGUUAGUAGUGAGAGCAAACACAUGUGUACUAGAGAAUCCAGUUCCAUUUCUAGUGUCAUGGAAGAAUCAAGUUUAGGUUUUGCAGACAUAAGUCAAGAUUCUCGAGCUGCUAGCGAUGAUGCUACAAAUUUAAGCAUGGAAAAUAGUAGUGAUGCUCAGUUUCCAGAUAGCCAGCCAGAUGCAUCGUUACAUCUGAAAUCAGAAGAUAUGAGUGAAGACAGCUGUGAACCACCUUUAAAAAAAAGACUUUCCAGUGAUAUGAAAGACUAAGCUAUGAAAAAUUUCUAUUUCUUUUUCAAGUUGAUGCUUUAUUUUAUUGUAUUGCAUGUUAAGGCAUUGAUUUUUAAAAAAUUUGCACCAUUUAUAGUUGGGAAAUUUACAAAAAAGGAAAAAAAAAAUCCUAUUUAUGUGUAAUUUCUAAAUAUUUGCAAAAAGUAUGCAUUAAAAUUAAUGUUUUAGUGUAAUAAGUAUAUUACUAUGAUAUAAAAAUGUUUAUCUGUAAUUAACUUUGUUAUAAAAAAUGCUCGUUCUACUUAAAUUUGCAUUUGAAAUGAGCAGUAGGUUUAUAAUUGACUUUAACAAAUUGUUUCAUUGAACUUUAAAAAAUAAAUAAAUUUAUAUUCAUAGAUUUUUAUUGCUAUUAUUAUUAUUCUUUUUGAAGCAGCUGUUAAUUUUUUCCCAAGUAAUUUGUAAUUUAAAAAUUUUGUUUCCUGAUAUUUAAAAUAGGUAGGUAGUGUCUUUCUUUUUACUAAUCAAUAAAUUUAAGCUUUUCAUUUGCUUUCCUUCCUGAAUAUAAUUUUAGUAUUUUAAGGAAAGCAUAGAUUUAACUGUUUACAUAAUGUGUUUAAAGUUCUUGGCCUGUAUUUUCUUUGUUUCAACUUUAGUAUCAUUUGUUUUGAUAGUGAAAAGUUUAUAUUACUUUACAUUAUUGUAAAAAUUUAAAUAAGUUAAUAAAAUAAUUGAAUCAUCUGGGCAUGUAUCUAAUCAAAUUCUUUUGAAAGAUGAAUUAAGCUUGUAUAUGAAGUGAAGAUUGAACAAUCUACUUGAUAAUUGUAUUACAUUUCAUAAUAGAUUCUGGAAAUUAAAUAAAGUAGAUAAAUGAUUACAAUAUGAUACUAAAUAACUGAAAACAAGCUGUAUAUAGCUGGACAAAGCAGUAUACGUAAUGUUGACUAGUGAAGCAUAUGCUCACCUUCAACAUACAAGUAGUGGAUGUGAAACUUCUUUUGUUCAAAACCACAUGCUGAGGCAAUUAGUAUUCUUAAAUUUAGCACCACAUGCUGAAGAAAAAAUUGCCUUUUUGCUUGAAAAAAGAAAAAAAAUUGCUUUUUUUUAAUGUAAAUAUUCUCUCAAUUGGCUAAAAAAUAUAUGGCUAAGUUUAGCAAAAUGAUAAUAUUUUCUUGUAUAUUAAAUUCCAUUUUUAUAACUAUGGUUUACUGAAGUGUUUUCUCGAUUUGAAUGUUUGAAAAAAACUUUUAGCUGUAGGUGGACCUGAUUGUAUUGUUGCUUUGUAAAGUAUAAUAUAAAUAAGCCCUAGGGCUACUAUCAUUUCUUGGAUAUGAAAAACAAUGUAAUAUAUUUCAUGCUUUUUGUAGUUAUGAAUGACUAUAUAGUUACUGCACAAGCAUGCUGCUUAUAUACUUAAUUUUUUUAAAAUUAGGAAUAAGUAUUACUGAGUUAAAUAUUGUAUCAAAUAAAGUAAAUUGAUAUGCUUAACUGAUGAGAAAUGUGCAUUUGUCAUUACAUAAUGCAUUUAUUAUGAAUUGAUAUCCUUAAUAUCUUUUGUGAAACAUGCAUUCAAGUGCCCCCCCCCCACUAAUUAAUAAUGCAUUUAAUAAAAUCAUGUAAGCCAUUAAUCAAUAUCUUUCAAAAAACUGUUCACUUGCUGUUUAACUCAAAAUUUGUAAAGUAUGGCAUUUAACAAACUUUGUAUAUAUGUACAUAAAAUAAUUGUGUUGCUUAUGUAACAAUAUAUGUAAAUUUGACAAUCUAUAAGGCUUUAUUCCAUCAGGUAUUGAAUGUCUUAUUUGAAAUUAAUAUUUUUUUCUCUGAUCCUGUCUGUUUGAUAAACAUAUUU